AUGGCAGGUCCUUCUACAGCCCAGCCUGAUUCUGCUGUCUCCGCCCCGCCUAUGGAGCCGGCGCUGCCACACACUACACCACGUGCGCAGAGCCUAGUGCUUCCUACGUUUGAGGACACGUUUGAGCGGCCUCCGCGUGUAUGGCCAGCACGUCAGGGCCUCAUGGGUCGUGCUGUGAAUGCCAUUAGCAGCAUGUUCCAAAGCCCGUAUGAAAUCACACGCGAGCUGCCUCCGCAGUCGGAAAGUGGUGCCUCCGUACCGCACCUGCAUGCUCUGCAUGAGCAGGCUAUGCCUCGCUCGUACCAUCUGCUGGGCGAUACGCGCUUUGGCCAUAUGCGCGGGUACCGCCAAUCGAAGCGGAUUGUCGUUCUCGGUGUGCAUGGUUGGUACGCACAGAGCCUGCUCAAGAAUGUGAUCGGUGCUCCCAUCGGCACGUCCAUACGCUUUGCGUCGAUGAUGGCCGACUCCAUCCGCCGUCAAUUUGCUGAUGUAGAUGUCGAGCUGGACGACGAGGCGAUUACGACCAUUGCUAUCCAGCACGACGGGCGUGUGCAGGACCGUGCUGAUCAUGCCUUCCAUGCCAUUCAAGCGAAUGCCGAGUGGGUCGAUGCGCUGCACCACGCCGAUGCUGUGUUUGUCGCGGCCCAUAGCCAAGGCGCCCCUGUUGCGACUCUUUUGCUGUCGAAGCUGCUACAGGAGGGUAUUUUGCAUGUAAAGCGUACACGCAUGUGUCUUCUCACCAUGUGCGGUAUCUUCCAGGGUCCGUUUGCCCACUUGAAGGGAACCAUCGCUACGCAGUAUAUCAACUACUUCGAGACGUCGGCUGCGCGCGAGCUCUUUGAUUUCCAGAACUCGGACUCAGAGGUUUCGCAGAAGUUGCAGUCAGCGUACCGUUACAUUCUUUCGGCGGGCGCCAAGGUCGUUCAUGUGGGCUCGAUGGACGACAAUGUCGUACCGCUCUUCAGCGCACUGUACUCGUCUGCAGCUCACCCCUCGAUCCUUCGCGCUGUGUUUGUCGAUGGCGUUGCGUUCCCGAAAAAAGACUUUUUGAUCAUGCUCAUUGUGCUGUGUGUGGCUAUCCGCAAUGCCGGCUUCCAUGACCACAAUCUCCUUACACUUUUGAGCUCGUCUGUGGCCGGCUCUCUGUAUUCCGGCCUUGGCCACACCGUGCUGUAUGAUGAGCCGGCCGUGUACGAUCUCGCAGCGCGCUACCUAUUUGAGACAUACUCACCACGCACAUCCGGUGCGUCAGAGAUUCCUCUGGUGACGAUGCCCUAUGCGCCGCAGCGAUGGAACUCGUACGAGCUGCCAUGGAGUAUGCGUGGUCUGUUAGAAGACAAUGUGAUCCAGCACUUCUUCUCCAAAGAUAUCCGCCUUGUACUGCAAGACUUUGCUGCAUGGCGUCCUAUCGGGAAGCAGCUGAAAGAGCUGCAGUGGCGCCUCUCGCCACUUCGUACCGUCAAGCUACCAGCGGAGAUGGAGCGGCCCGAGUCACAGACGACCUGGUCGGGCGACGAUGAGAAGGACUAUGAUGAGACUACGAUGCCAUCCAUUGCCAAGACACACCAUGGCAAGCCUGUAUCAAAACUGUAG